CCAACAUUGUUUCGAGUUUCCACGCCAACCUGAGAUACAUAACUACUUGCGUAAUAGUUUUGGUCACAGACCGUUACCCGUUUUAAAUUCGGCCGGGGGCAAAACACCCCGAAGCUAUAGAAGUGUUAAACUCGUGAAAGGACGAGUACCAUAAAAGAACUCGCGUUUCUAAAGAUACCGUUGAUUCGAGCACGACACCGUUGAUACCAUCUACGUCUACAAACUUUGUCAGAGAACUAUUGUCUUUAAUUGACCUCGAGUCAGCAAGAAGAUACGAAAAUGUUAUUCUUAAUAUUGAUGGCGUGUUUCGUUGCCACAACACUGGCAGGAUGUCCAAUGAGACCAUCAGCGGGACAAACUUCCGCUGGAAGAACACCCGGAGAUGGCGGAUACAGAAUACUUAUCAGUGGGACUUCUGAUAAGUAUAUCCCAGAUGCCGUUUAUACCAUUAGUCUACAAGGAUCAAGAACACACGAACGCCUUCAACAAUUCACGCGUUUCACACUUUCCGUACAUUCACAGCACGCACCGAACAAUCCAACCAUUCGCGUUGGUUACUUUCAAUUAUUCCCAGAUUCUUUGACUACCUUCAAUGAGGAUUGCAUUAACACUAUUUCCGAAGCUACGGAUUAUCCAAAAUCCGAGAUCCAAGUUAUGUGGAAAGCACCACCUACUGGAUCAGGCUGUGUUGUCUUUACUUCUAUGAUCUUGGAGAAUAACGUCAGAUGGUACGCCGAGGAUGAAGGUCUGACAAAGACCUUCUGCGAGAUGAAUCCGACGGAAGUCGAACAAUUAAGUGAGGAUAAAUGUUGUGCUUGCGACGAAGCUAAAUAUUCGCUGACCUUUGAAGGCAUCUGGUCCAACAAGACACAUCCUAAAGAUUAUCCAUUUUCGGCAUGGUUGACGCACUUCAGUGAUUUAAUUGGGGCAUCCCAUGAACCAGAAUUUUCUUUCUGGGGCAGAGAUCAUAUCGCUACAGAUGGUUUUAGGCAACUCGCCGAAUGGGGAUCAGCCUCUGGUGUAGAAGCUGAACUCAGAGCUCAAGCAACCAAAUUGAGAACUCUUAUCAAGGCCGCUGGUCUUUGGCAUCCUAAUGUAAAUACUAACACCAGUGCGAAUUUUAGGGUAGACAGGAAACAUCCUCUUCUCUCGAUAGCUUCUAUGUUCGGUCCAUCGCCUGAUUGGGUGGUGGGUGUUAGUAAAUUAAAUCUUUGCCAAAAAGAUUGUACUUGGGCAAAGAGUAUGAUCAUUGAUCUUUAUCCUUGGGAUGCUGGCACGGAUAAUGGUAUCACUUACAUGUCACCAAAUUCAGAAACGAAUCCAAGAGAAAAGAUGAAACCUAUCACGACUUCCUAUCCAGAAGAUCCUAGAUCACCGUUCUACGAUCCAACCGGUAGACCUAUGCUUCCAUUAGCUAGAUUAUAUCUCGAUAGAGAAAAAAUCAUUCAGCGUGGUUGCGACGAGGAAAUACUUCAGCGACAAGUACAAGAAUUAGAGGUCGCUGAGAACACCGAGGACACUUCAAAACCCGAAUGUCAAACGACGAAUUAUUCGCCAUGGUCUUCCUGUUCCGUAAGCUGUGGCAAAGGAUUGAGAAUGCGUACGAGAGAAUACAGAAUGCCAGAAAAGGCAAGGAUGUUUAACUGCAACAGACAACUCGUUUUCAAGGAAAUGUGUGUUGCCGAUAUACCAGAAUGUCCAGGCGAAGAAUAUGAAGAUAAUGAUACCUUGUUGGUACCAAAUAAUACUAUCUGCGAGACUACAGAUUGGAGCGAAUGGUCAGAAUGCUCGUCGACAUGUGGCAUUGGCCUCAAAAUGAAAACCAGACGGUUCAAGAAUCAAAUAGGUCGUAAGAGUUGCUCUCUCGUUUCUUUGGUAGAAAAGACAAAAUGUAUGGAACCUCCGUGUCUUGUUACGGAAAUUAUCGAUCCUAUUUGCAAAGUUACAGAAUGGUCAGAUUGGUCACCAUGCAGUGCUUCAUGCGGGAAAGGUGUUAAAUUAAGAACGAGAUUAUUAUUAGUGGAUCCAACGAUGCAAGAAAAAUGUUCUUCGCGUGUCGAGUUGCUUCAACAAAGACAUUGUCUUAUACAAUCUGAUUGUACCUUUGAUAUGGCUACGGCAAAAGUGGUCUGUAUGGAGGAGGUUGACGUUGGUCCUUGUAGAGGAUAUUUCCAAAGAUGGGCAUUUGAUCCUCGCAAAUUAAUGUGUGUUCCUUUCGGUUAUGGCGGUUGCCGAGGUAAUAGGAAUAAUUUUCUCACCCCCGAAGAAUGCAAUCUCACUUGCAAUAUCGUACGAUCUAUCCUAACUGGCGAAAAUCCAAUUCAACCUUCGGCACAAAUUCAAAUACCUGCCAAUUCAACGAAUUUGACACCUGUCGAUUGUGAGGUUUCCAAUUGGUCACCUUGGUCACAGUGCAGUGUCACUUGUGGUACAGGACGGGUCGUUAGUUAUCGUACUAUCAAGAACGAGCCUCAAAAUGGUGGUCGUCCUUGUCCGAAAAAAUUGCAACGACGUUCUAAAUGUCAAUUGGCACCUUGCAAUUAAACGAGUUUUCUUUUUUUUUUUCUUUUCUUUUUCAGGGUGUAUUUGAAGUUAACAUUUUUAACCAUGGAAAUUUUACGCUUCCAAGGUUUAAAUUACAAUAUUUGUUUUUUUUUUUUUUUUUUUUUUUUCUUUACAAAUGUGAGUAUACUCAACGAAAAGAAAAAAAGAUGGACCUGUCUUUUUGUCUUUAUUCUUUUUUUUAUUUUUUUUUUUUUUUUUAUUUUUGACAACAUGACAGGUAUAUAACAGUCGGAUGUAUCAGAAUAAACGAUAUUUUAUUAGUGGUCGUA